CGCGAUGCGUGAUGACGUCACAGCACAUCAACACAACCUCACAUGUGGCCUAGAGAGACGCCGUCGCUGUUUGCGGUGUUUUAGCAUCUACUACCCGAAACACCGAAUAUAAAACACAUAUUACGGCUUUAAUCGCGUGUCGCACACAGCUACUCCCGAGCCAACAUGCCUCCCAAGAAACCCGCCCAGCCUGCGGCGAAUAAAAAGACCCAGGAGAAGAAAAAAGAAAAGAUUAUUGAGGACAAGACAUUCGGCCUGAAGAACAAGAAGGGGGGGAAGCAGCAGAAGUUCAUAAAGAACGUGGAGCACCAGGUCAAAUCGGGAGGACCUCCGAGGACAAAGGCGGAUGGCAAGAAGACGGAUAAGAAGAAGGAGUUGGACGAACUCAACGACCUCUUCAAACCCGUCAUCGCUGCUCAGAAAGUCGCCGCAGGCGUGGACCCCAAGUCGGUGCUGUGUGCGUUCUUCAAACAGGGCCAGUGCACCAAAGGAGACAAGUGCAAGUUCAGCCAUGACCUCACCAUGGAGAGGAAGUGUGAGAAGAGGAGUCUGUACGUCGACAAGAGGGACGACGAGCUGGAGAAAGACACGAUGGACGGCUGGGACGAGAAGAAGCUGGAGGAGGUGGUGGCCCAUAAGCACGGAGAGUCAGAGAAGAAGAAAGUCAAAACAAAUAUCGUGUGUAAGCACUUCCUGGACGCCAUCGAGGGCAACAAGUACGGCUGGUUCUGGGCGUGUCCGUCAGGCGGAGAAGUCUGCAUGUACCGCCACGCUCUGCCACCGGGCUUCGUCCUGAAGAAAGACAAGAAGAAGGACGAGAAGGAGGAAGAGAAGAUCUCACUGGAGGAGCUGAUCGAGAACGAGAGAGCGGCGUUGGGAGCUAACGUCACUCGGAUCACUCUGGAGACUUUCCUGGCCUGGAAGAAGAGGAAAAGGCAGGAGAAGAUUGAGAAAGCGAGGGAGCAGAUGGAGAAGAAGAAGGCCGACUUCAAGGCGGGGAAAUCGCUAACGGUGAGCGGACGCGAGGUGUUUGAGUUUCGUCCAGAUUUGGUGGACGAAGAUGACGAUGAAGCCGACGACACUCGAUACAUCAAUGAA